AUGUCAUUUACCACCGUGUCAUGUUUGUUGAUUUUACAUAUUGGUUUUAUAAGUGCUACAUAUGAAAAUAUUCCUACAAUUUCUGUAAUUGAUACAACAAUUCUGAAUGGUACAACUACUGUCAAAUAUGAAAUUUUGUAUGAAAAUGCAUUAAGAAAUCGGAUUCAGGAGGUCUCAGUAUCUAGCUGCUGUAAUUUUACUCAAAGCUUUUGCAAAAAUGAUGAAGUAAAAACAAUUGUGCACUUUGCAACACCUAAAAAGUUACAAGGUGUUGUUUCAUUUUACCCAACCUUACUUACAAAGUCAUUUUAUUUAUGCAUCAGAUACAACACAAGUAAUCAACGCCAAAAAGUCCCUUUCAAUAUUAACUGGAUUCGAGAGAAAAGAAACACCCAUCACAAAUCAUCACUUCGUAUCAAUGGUUUGCGAGUGGAGCACAGUUAUAAAGAAGUAACUUUAAAUCCUGAAGGUAUCCCAGAGUUACUUGCAUCUACUGAAACUACACUCAGACUCUUCGGUACAGGCCUGUCUGAAAACACAAUUAUAACAUUCACAGCGAACGAAAGCUUUUAUGGAGGCCCUUGCCUGUUUCCAGCUUCCUCGCCAUUUUUGCUGGAACGAGGAAGUAUCACAAACACCAGUGCCCGGGUAAAGGUCGUUAUUCCUGAAGGUAAAACGUUUUAUUUAUGUGCCAAACAAGUUUAUGUCCAUAACGCUCAGCAUUUAACAUACCAGCAAGCUGUAAGCGAUUCGUCUGAGUUUAUACAUCAAGGCAAUGAGAAAUUUUUACAGAUUCAUACUUAUAAAAAAUUAUUACCGCUAUGGGCUUCUAUAUCAAUUAUUCUAUUUUGCUUAACAUUCUCGGCUUUAUUUUCUGGUUUAAAUCUGGGACUUAUGUCUAUGGAUAGAACUGAUUUAAAAAUCUUGUGUAACACUGGAAGUGAGAAUGAGAAACGUUAUGCAAGGAUAGUACAACCGGUCAGGGACCACGGCAACUUUUUACUUUGUAGUAUUUUGUUAGGCAACGUUCUAGUCAAUUCAACAUUUACAAUAUUAUUAGAUGAUUUAACAUCAGGCUUAGUAGCUGUGAUAUGCUCUACGUUAGCUAUAGUUAUAUUUGGUGAAAUAACACCACAAGCUAUUUGUUCUCGUCAUGGUUUGGCUGUUGGUGCCAAAACUAUUUACAUCACAAAAGCCGUAAUGGUUCUAACAUUCCCACUAUCCUAUCCUACAUCUAAAAUAUUAGAUUGGCUGCUCGGAGAGGAAAUUGGUAAUGUAUAUAAUAGAGAAAGACUUAAAGAACUAGUCAAAGUUACUACUGAUAUAAACGAUUUGGAUAAAGAUGAAGUGAAUAUUAUUUCUGGAGCUUUAGAGUUGCGCAAAAAAGUUGUAUCAGACGUCAUGACCAGAAUUGAAGAUGCUUUUAUGUUAGAUUACGAAGCCCUUUUGGAUUUUGAGACUGUGUCUGAAAUAAUGAAGUCUGGUUUCUCUCGUAUACCAGUAUAUGAAGGCGAUAGAUCUAAUAUUGUAACAGUAUUAUACAUUAAAGACCUAGCUUUUGUUGACCCUGAUGACAACACUCCUUUAAAAACCUUAUCCCAGUUCUACCAAAAUCCUUGUAACUUUAUAUUCGAAGAUGUUACUUUAGACGUAAUGUUUAAACAAUUCAAAGAAGGUAACAAAGGCCACAUGGCUUUUGUCCAUCGUGUUAACAACGAAGGCGAGGGUGAUCCAUUCUACGAGACAAUUGGUUUAGUGACUUUGGAAGAUGUUAUAGAAGAGUUGAUUCAGUCGGAAAUUAUGGAUGAAACAGAUGUAUUUACUGAUAACAGAAGCAAAAGAAAAAGGGAUCAGACUCGAGGUCAUAAGCAGGAUUUUACAGUAUUUGCAGAAAGAAGAGAAAAUCAGCAGCGUAUGAGAAUUUCACCACAAUUAACUUUGGCAACAUUCCAGUACUUAAGCACUUCGGUUGAUGCAUUCAAACCUGACCAGGUGUCUGAAACAAUUCUUCGUAGACUUCUAAAGCAAGACAUUGUUCAUAUAAUGAAGAAUAAAUCAAAGGACAAGGAUCAGCUUACAAUAUACCAGCAAGGUCGACCAGUAGAUUUCUUUGUGUUGGUUCUGGAAGGACGUGUAGAAGUAACAGUUGGAAAAGAAAAUUUGAUUUUUGAAAGUGGCCCUUUUACGUAUUUUGGAUUGCAAGCUUUAGCACCCAGUGUUGUAACCUUAGGUCCUUCUGAAAAUAUUGGAGUCACCACACCAAUUGUUGGUUCUUUGGAAUCUCUAAAUAUGGAUGUUGCUCUUAAGCACUCAUUUGUGCCAGACUAUACUGUUCGUGCAGUAAGUGAUGUGAUAUACAUAGCAAUAAACCGUGCUCUCUAUUUAACCGCAAGAAGAGCUACUCUCAUGGAACGCUCCUCUUUGCAACAAGAUCAAACUGCCUCAGCUUCAAAUGCAGCAAACGAUGCUGUCGAACGAUUUGAUGAUGAAGUUGAAAAACUUCUUCGAUCUCUUGAUGAAGAUGAUGAGCUGGAAGAUAGAAUUGAGAAGGAAAGUGCUAACAAUCUUCCUAUGGAUGGAACUCCAGCUUGUGUGCCAGUCUCCGCAAGCCCUUUCACCAGAGCUUCCAUCACAGCUCCUUCACACACGGAAGACACUUGCCCCGAACCUACGGACUUAUUAUUACCAAAGCAAAAUGAUGUAAGCACAGAACUGAUAUUAUAGCAAAAGCUUUAAAUGUUUAUUUUAUAAUAAAAGAUCUCAAUUGGUUGAAAGAUGAUAAUGGUAUUGAGGUAAACAUUUUCAGUUUAUGCUAAUAAAGCAUAUUGCUUUUAAAAAUAUUUAUCUUGUGCCAUUACAUAUUUUUUUACUUACCAAUACUUUUGGCAUA